AUGUGGACAAGUAAGAUUUCUUAAAUAAUAGUUGUGAUUGCUGGUGCACAUGAUUAUGCGAAUUAUGCGAAAACAUGAUUAUUUUCGAUAUUUGCAUGCAGUAAUUCAACCUGAACAGACGAAUAACUUGCAACAGGGCGACUGACGUGUUGUUUGUUAUUUAAUUCGACAAAGUUUACCCCAAAAAGGUAUCAAUCGUUUGACUGAAGUAGAAAGUGGAGGCAUGGGAGUCUAGUCACACGUUGUCAAUCAUCAGUGAGACUUAAAAGAUGCGAUGCUAUAUUUACAAAUGGAGGUUGUCCGUUUGUCUGUUUGUAGUGCUCUUCACAGCACUGCUUUUCAUCACCUAUUUAAACCACUCAGAGCUUGAAUCAGCAGAGAAAAGUAGCGGAAAAAGGAAGACGCGACAUCGUAAACGAACACGUUCACGCAAACAACACGAGAGCCAUUUUCAGAAAGCUCGACUACAAGAAAGAGAACUAGUAUUAAGAUCUACAGCGCCACCAACAUUACGAAGAGAAGUACAAGCGCAUCGAUUAGGGCAGAUCCGUGGCAAGAACACGGACCAGGGGAUAACUGGAAAGUUCACAGAGAUCGCUAAAGACACGCAUAUUUAUUCAGCGUUUUACGACGAUGCCAAGUCAAAUCCAUUUAUUCGUCUUAUCAUCCUCUCGGGAAAACACUACCAGCCUGGAUUAUCUUGCCAAUUUUGCGAACCUUUGUCCGCCAGUUGUAGUUUUGCGGACUCUAAAGCUGAAUACUACACGACCAACGAGAACCAUGGGAGAGUAUUUGGCGGGUUCAUUGCGAGUUGCCUCGUGCCUGACGGAUUCAAUGCAGUGCCAUUGUUUGUUGACCUAACGGCCGAUGUUAAGGGGGAGAAAAGCAAGGCACGGGUACCUGUGGUGUCUAAUGCACAUCUCUACUACCCUAUUAAAUACGCAAUCUGCGUCCCACCCCUCCGAUCAGAGAAACUAACAGCGAAAAGACUCAUAGAGUUUGUCGAGCUAACCAAACUUUUAGGCGCUAACCAUUUUACUUUUUAUGACUUCAAAACGGACCCGGAAGUCAAUAACGUUUUAAGAUAUUACCAGGAGUCACAAGUAGCAAAUGUUCUGCCAUGGAAUCUACCUUCAAAUUUGGUAUCCAGGCCGAACGAUAUUUGGUACUUUGGUCAGGUUUUGGCUAUUCUUGAUUGCUUGUAUCGCUACAAGAACAGGGCAAAAUUUGUAGCCUUCAAUGACGUAGAUGAGUUUAUCGUUCCGCUAAGGAACAGCUCGAUAGUGGAAAUACUAAACGCGUUUCACCGGCCAUACCACUGUGGACAUUGCUUUCAGAGCGUGGUGUUCAGCUCAAACGCGAGAUUUCCCAGGCAAAAAAGCGAGUUAGUUUCUCAGCGGUUCUUCCACAGGACCCAGGAAACCAUCCCUCUCCUCUCGAAAUGCAUUGUGGAUCCUUUGAGAGUGUUCGAGAUGGGGAUUCACCACAUAAGCAAGGCUACAGGUCUGCGGUAUUCCGUCAACUCAGUACACGAGAGUGACGCGGUUAUCUUCCAUUACAGGACUUGCACUACGUCAUUUGGUAUACGUCAUCAGUGCAUGAACCUAGUGCAUGAUGGGACCAUGGCCAAAUAUGGAAAACGACUUCAGAAAAGGUUUAGAAAGGUUGUAAAUGAUUUAAAACUUUUGGCACCAACGUAGCUAUUUCGUAACACUUCACACUUUCAUUGUUAUAACAGAAUACAGAAUAAAUUAAUGAUUGUUGUGCCAAAAUGAAGGACAUCUCUUUUAAAGGAUCAUCAAAUACUAUACUUUUUCAAUUUGAUACCUAUGACAACCUCCCUCAGCAAAUCCACGCAUGCGUAUUAUACACUCUUCUUUAUAAGAACCCAUCUCGUUCCCAGAGCCCACGUACCUUUGUGCCAGCGGCAAGGUGCAAGGCUCUGGGAUAAUCAAUUUUUUUCACCAACAGAAUCUGUUAGUUCCGGUUUUACAGCGCAUGUCCAAACAAAAUUGCCACCGGAAGGAACCAGAGUUGAUCUCUUUCACUGAUCGAUCCAAUUCGCGCUGGCAUAAAGGAACGUCGGCUCUGGGAACGAGAUUGUAUAAGAACGUCUAAUUUCCAGUUGAGGCUGGCCGUACUAAUCUUUAGUAUUUUAAGGCUGAAAAUUUGUGUUAUCGAUGUUCUUCAAUUUUUAGUGUAUAUGAAAAUAUAGUACCCAAUGAAUUAUACAUAUUUAAGGUUGUUUUAAUAAACAAUUCGAUUCUGCA